AUGAUUAAUGGUCUUUAUUAUAUUCAUAUUAUUUUUUUGACUAGUGGAUAUCAGUGCGACUGCACACAAAUCAACUCGAGCAUUAAUAAUGGAUUCAGCCCUUCAAAAUGUACUAUUUUUCCAAACACACGCUUGUACUGUUUUAACAACUAUUUUAUUUUUUCUAUCCGUAUAUUAAAAUUUGAAAAUGUUUACAUUCUUCAAAACAUGGAAUUUACAAACAAUGGCGAUAUAUAUUGGCAAAAUAUUAAUACAACCACACUCUUUGAAAACGUCAGUUUAAUCAUUUCAUGUUGUUUACACUUUAAUAAAAAUCUAAAUAUCGAGAAUGGUACUGUCAUCAAUGUUAUUAACAAUAAAACAAUAUUUGGUUUAUUUUCUGAAGCGGGAGAUCUUAAUGUUACAAAUCCGGAACUGAACAAGCCAAGAAUUAUAUUGUGGAACUCGACUUAUAUUCACCUCAACAAAAACAUUAAUGGAAGACGUGAUUUCAAGAUAUUAAAUCCAAUAAGUAAUACAAAAUGUUUUGACGUGUUUUCACUCAACAAUCAAAGCAAUUUGGAUAUUCGUACAACAAACGAUCACAUUUCAUCUUUGAUGUUUGAGUAUUCAUACAACUUCACAGAUGGGAAAGGGGUAUUUGAUAUCAAAUAA